AUGCAGCGCCCCUCCUUCACAGCCCUCCCGACGGAGAUUCUUGAAGCCAUCUUCCUCAACCUCGACCCUCACUCGCUCGUAUCCGUGUCGCAGACCAACAGGCUGAUCAAGCGUCUCACGGCCGAUGCGCCGAUUGUGUGGCGCCACCUCUGCAAGACGCGCUUCAAAACAUGGGAUUCUCGCCACAACAUCGCCGCCAAGUUCGCGGGUCCACUGUCGGAUAUCGACUGGCGGGCGCUGUAUAUCCGAAAGCACAAGAUUGAGCGCCGUACACGCGACUUGCUGAAUCACGUCGUGGCUACUGAACAAGAGCGCAUACGGUAUAUCAACGAUAUAGCUGACUUUGGGUACGACGCGAAAGAGGUUUUACUGCGGGAAUGCGCCUGUCCAGACGACGCCGAGGAUGUGCUGGCGAGAAGGUACUAUGCCAAUGCCGUGUUGGAGCGCAUACAUCGAGAAGCCGCGAUCAAGGUGUGGUCGAAUUUAGGUGCCGGUAAAGAUGUGCCGAUAGAACGCGCGCUGGGCGCAUACGAUGUCUUCGCAAGAGUGGGAGAAGAUGUGGACGUCGAUGUUGUCGCCGACGAUAUCAGUGCACUUGCCAAUGGAUUGCUAGAAGAAUACCCCCUCUUUCGUGACUGGAGUCCGCGGGUACAGGCUUCCACACUGGCCUCAUAUCUGCGUGAACGCGGCUUCAACGGCGUACCCGACCGGUCGUAUCGUGCGCUGAAGAACUCAUUCAUUGGCCUCGUUUUGCGCUCUGCGGCUCACGAAUCGCUUCCCCUCAUUUCAGUUGCUAUAUACUGCGCCGUAGCCCGACUAGUUGGCCUUGAUGCUCGCCCCUGUGGUUUCCUCUUCCACGUCUACACGCUCGUCUACGCACCCAAGAACUACAACCUCAACGGCGAAUACAGACCGACUAGUUCCACGGAACGAGAGUACAUGUACCUGGAUCCAUUCCGCUCCACGUCCGAGGUCCGCCAGGGUGAUCUCCAGCGCACGCUGCGCGACAUGGGCGUGCCCAGUAGUGAACACCGCAGUUUCCUCAGUGACACGACGACGCGGGAAAUGGUGCUGCGUACAGCGCGCAACAUUAUGAAUUCCGUCCAAAUGAUCCGCGAUACGGAAGCUGGAAUGGGCCGCAUACAGGCUUCAUGGAUGAACUCAUACCCCGACAUGGACAACGCCUUUUACGCCACUAUCUGGGCUAUGCUGCUCCUCGGACCUACAGACGAUACCUCGCACUUGGGUCACACGGCCACUCGCCGCCGUCAAUACCUACCCUACCUCCUCGAACACUUCCAAGUACAUUACCCCUGGGACGUGACUCUGCUGGCCCGCUACGUCAUCCCCAUGUUCUACAACCAGCCCGAGGGCCACCGUUUGCUGCAGUUCGUACAGAGUAUGCAGCAGGUGGAUGCUAUGCGCAAACCGGCGAUUACGCGCUCUACGCGCACGAACAAAGUCACAUUCAAGGUUGGUCAGUUGUUUACGCAUAAGAGGUAUAGGUACGAGGGCGUUAUUACGGGUUGGGAUGUUGCGUGUGAUCAGAGUGAGGAUUGGAUCCAGAAUAUGCGGGUGGAUAAUUUGCCGGAUGGGCGGAAUCAGGCCUUCUAUCAUGUUUUGUAUGUCGCUGCGGAGAAUAUACAGCCAGUCAACGAGAACACGGGUCCAUCGGAGGCGCUUUUGAAACUUGCGGGUCGCCACUUUAAGCGGUGGGAUGAGGCGAGUCAUUGUUUUGUGAGUAAUGUGAGGGAUGAGUAUCCUCAUGAUUAG